AUUAUCAGAGUACUUUUUGCUCUUUGAUAUUGAAAAUAGCCUCUUUUUUAUUAAAAGUCUUCAACCCACCUGUGUUAGAGAGCCUAGUCUCUGAACGAAGCUAGCUUUAUUAGGCAACGGUAUCUGUAAUGAUAUUAGAGCAUUUUCUUUCUUAUGAUACACUCAUAAUUUUUUCUUGUAGCCCUGGUUGUUGCUAUGAAACAGCUAUGACAAGAUAUUUUUAUCAUGGCCGUACAGAGACUGUGCGAUCAUGCACAGUUGAAGCAGUCAGGUGGUGCCAGUCCAUGCAGGAUCCUUCCACUACUCUUCAUGAGCAGCAGCAAAAGAUGUUACAAGCUUUUGCAAAACAUAAUAAAAUGAUGAAAGAUUGUUCAGCUGGAAAAGGAUUUGACCGUCACCUUUUAGGUCUUUCACUCAUAGCAAAAGAGGAAGGUCUUCCUGUUCCAGAACUGUUUACAGACCCACUUUUUACCAAAAGUGGAGGAGGUGGAAAUUUUGUUCUCUCAACAAGUCUGAUUGGUUAUUUACGUGUCCAGGGAGUGGUGGUUCCCAUGGUACACAAUGGUUAUGGAUUUUUCUACCACAUCAGAGAUGACAGGUGAGGCUUUUCUUUUUUUUUCUUACUGUGCUAUAGUGUAAGAACGAUACUACUUUUGUUAUUUAAAUGCCUUUCCUACACUAUGAUUCUUAUAUUGCCAUCUGUCACUUGCUACAUAAGUAACUAUUUUUACCACUUAGGGAUUUAAUGCAUAUUCAUGUUUCUCUGUCCUGCUUUUGAGAGACUUGUCAAAUCAUUCCCUUAGGUACUUUUAUGCAGAACACUGUUUGAAGCUGACUCAGCAAUCAUAGCAUCAUCCUCAAAAUCAGUACACCCGUGAACAUAUUUGGCUUGCACAAGGUAUUUUAUAGUAAGCUCAGUUAAAACAUUUGCAUAUAUGGUGGUUUAUGUAGUCACAGACAAUAUUAAUGAGACAGAGAAAAGAGACUGGGUAAAUUAUAUUUUUUAAAACAUGUUUUCCCAAUUCAGAUGCAGUUCAUUUGGGCUGUGUGGAGUCUGACUUAUGUUAUGGAAAGAGAGAGAAAGAAAAGAUCAAAACCUGGUAUAGAAAAGAGUGGUGGAGAACAAGGUAAAAUUAAAGUGAUAGCAAGGCGUGGAAGGUCCUUAUUUACAAUCUAGCAGUCUCUUUACAGGGGCCUUUCAAAGCAUAAUUGGCUUCAUAAAAAUUAUGUGACUACAUUUAGCACUAUGUGAAUAAGAAGAGGGCAGGCUUGGAGGAACUUCAGAUAGAAAGUGAAAAUUGGAAUGGUAAUAUGCAUGACAUAUUUCAGUUUCUAAUACAAUUGACUCUCGAACAACAUGGGUUUGAACUGCAUGGAUCCACUAAAAUGCAGAUUUUAAAUAAAUGAGAAAAUUUUCUGGAGAUUGAGACAAUUUGGAAAAAACUCACAACUGCAUAGCUUAGAAAUAUCCAAAAAAUCUAAAGUAUGUCAUGAAUGCAUAAAAUGUAGAUAUUAGUCUAUUUCAUCAUUUACUACCAUAAAAUAUACACAAAUCUACCAUAAAAAGUUAAAAUUUAUCAAAACUUAUAUAAACCCUUACAGACUUUAUGUAGUGCCGUUUGGAGUCAAGAGAAAUAUAAACAAAUGUAAAGAUGCAGUUUUCAAUCAAAUUGCAUAAAACUAACUAUGAUACUUACUGUACUACUGUAAUAAUUUUGUAGCCACCUCGUGUUGCUAUUAUGAUGAGCUAAAGUGUUGCAGGUAUCUACUUAAAAUGCCAUAUAAUGCUAAUCAUCUCUGCAUAAACAGCUUGUCUCUUUAGUAGAUCACAAAAAGUGAUCUUUUGCAGUUAGAUUCUCAUGUAUUUUUUAUUGUGGGUAGUACAGCACUAUAAACAUUAAAUAAUACCAUGCAACCCCUAUGUAGUGCAGCUAGUGAUACUGGAAGUGCUCCCAAGAAGCAGAGAAAAGUCAUGACAUUACAAGAAAGAGUUGAUUUGCUUGAUACGUAUGGUAGAUUGAAAUCUGUAACUGCAGUUGUCUAUCAUUUCAGUAUAAAUAAAGUCUAAGUAACAUUGGG